UGAAUCUCUAACAAACCUCUCAUCCCCGUACCACAACGACGAGUUACAUCUCUGAACACUGCCGCUACAUCGUCUCUGUGUUUAUCUGGGAAACUCGAGCCGCUGCCUGUGUUUCCUAUCGGUACUGUGCAGAAAGUUCAUCUCCCUCUGGUGACACAGAAGAGUCUUGUUACUGCGCCUAUGACCGCUCAGUCACUGGUGCUUAAUAUUUAACCAGCGUGGGUAUUUUACUUGGUCAUGGCUCUGCUCUAAAGGCUUUAGUUACCUCAGGAUUAGUAGACUAGGAGAGAGGGAGAGCGAGAGGGUCAAUUUCUUCCUCACGCAGGAGACAGCUUCCUCUUUGCCAAAAGUUAAUCCUUUGCAGGGCCUUUCUGCCACAGUUGACACUUUUCAGAUGACGUCUGGGCGCUAACGUAGCAGCCAGAGUGAGGAAUGUGAAGGUGGCUUUUUUUGGAAUUUUUCUUCAGCUCAAGUCAUUAUUUCCAUGAGGACUGGGGAGACAACUUUUCACCAAUUAAAUUUAAGUUAGCACAUACACCAAUCAGCCACAACAUUAUGACCACUGUCAGGAAAACUUGCUGGGAAACCUUUGGACCUGGCAUUCACGUGGAUGUUACUUAAACAUGUACCACCCACCCCAUAGCAACGACGCAGCUUGAUGCACAGAAACUCUUUAGGAACAACUCAAAAAAACAUUAAAAAAAAUGCCCCACUGAUCGAGUGUCUGUGGGACGGGAUGAACUGGAACAUGCCUGAUCUGGGGAGACCUACACAAUAUCAGUUGGUCAUAAUGUUAUGCCUGAUCGGUGUACUUCCUAAGUAUCAGAAAUGAUGCAUUUGAAAUCCUACUCAGGUAACACCACACAACUCAUUUCAGAAAGUGUACCUAAAGCAAUUGUUCAUCUAUUUCGCUGGAGUCAGCAAAGACCCCCAGAAAACUUGCUGAUGGAAGCGAGAGGCAGGGAGGGUGUUAAUUUCAUCUGAUCUCACUUUCCCUGUGAAAUUCAUGGUAUUCAAAGAAAAAAAAAAGAAAAAAUCGAAUGCUUCAAGAAGCUGUGUUAGGUAACGAACGCCCCGCGCUCUUUGACCUAUGAGGGGAUGUUUAAUGGGCUCAGCGGGCUUUAUAUUACCAUUUGGCACAGUGCUAUGUCAGCAUUAGAGAAUGGCAAUGGAAAUAUUGUAUUUCUUUAAACCAGUUGUCUUGGUUGGCAUCAAGCCCAAGGAUGCAGUGAUGGUGCCCUUGCAAAGAACUGUGGAAGAAAGGAACAUUUGCAAGCGGGCGGGGAGCCCUGUCACGGCUAAUUUGUCGCAAAAGAAAACCUCCACAAACGGAAUUUGAUAAUCUGCACCCUGGAGAUGAAGCCUGCCUAUACUUGCCUACACCACCCCGGAGGAGCGAGGGAAGGAGGCCCUGGAAAAAUGGAGGUGGAGAAGAAGGUGGGACGUACAAGGACCUAAGUCAAGAUAGGAUUUCUUCACCUCGUGGUCAUGAAUAAUUCACCCCGGGAGGCCGCGGCUCACCUGUAGGCAGCCUCAAGACACAAGGAUGCGUUUGAACUGACAGCAGACGUAAAAGAAGAAAAGAAGAGGAGACGGAGGAAAGCAGGUCAUCAAAGCAUGGAGGAGGCGGUGAAGAGACGGCCGAUCAUCUCUGCUAGGGAAAGAGGCCCGGGCCCCGGACGCUACAUUCUGCCCCCUACAGUCGGAUACAUGAACCAUGACUUCACCAAGCCCAGCAGCCCCGCGUACUCCUUCCACAGCCGCAUGAGCAGCGCCAUGGUCUCUGUGGACUCCAGUCCAGGACCAAGGUACCAUGUUGGCGCCAAGGUCACCCGGUUUGGCCGCAUGGAGACUCCAUCAUACUCGAUUUCUGGCAGACUGGGGCGUGUCGGGAAAAAAGAUGCACCGUCUGGGACUCCUGGACCGGGGGCCUACAGUCCAGAGAAGGCUCCACCAGUCAACGCUCACCGCAGACCUCCAUCGUACACUAUCGGAGCUCGAACCAGAUACCGCUCUGUGGACGCAGUACCGGCACCCAACAGCUACUGUCUUCCUAGUCUGCUGGGCUGUCAGAUUCCUCACAAACCCUCCAGCGCCAGCUUCAGCUUGUCAGGCCGGAUGAAGGUGGGAGCUCCCUCUGAGGAUCUCGCCAUGAGCCCCGCACCGGGGAAGUACAACAGCACCAACCCAGACAUUUACCGCCAGCGCCAACCCUCCUUCUCCAUGCAGCAACGAACUAAGAGACCCAACUAUUCCUCGGCUGUUCCCGGGCCGGGCACGUACAGCCCGGAGAAGUUUCACGUGCACCUUCCCAAACCACCAUCCUUCACCCUGGGCGUCAGACACUCUGAGUUUGUCACACCGCUUGUUGUGGAUGUAAUUGACUGA